GUUGUUUAUGGCUUUUUUCGAGAAGUUCACGGCCUAUAAGGUGUGUAUCUAUAUAAUGUAUAAAUAGAUCACAUUUUGGCUAGAAUGCGCCCAAACGAUCACACUGCAACAUGCUCGUAGAAUCGAUGGUUCUUAUAAUUGGGUUGGCGACAGUUCGUCCGCAACACUACACGAUCAGCGCUCAGGAAUACGCGAGUGGGCAGUUGGCUCCUCAAUAUCCGGCAGGAAUAGAUCCGGCUUCUUGUCCGAACUAUCCAAAUUGCGAGAAUCCGUUGGUGGCGCUUAGCCAAGCUCCGAAACCUGCCCAGUACAGUCCAGUGGCGCCUCAGUUCACUCCGGUCAGCCAAUAUUCCGCUGUUCCAAGAUACACUUCUCCACAAUAUGCUGCCGCACCAGUACAGUACGCGUCCUCACCGUACCAGCAGUCUUUCGCACCGGCACCAGCUCCUCAACAGUACAGUGCAGCACUGGGACCCCAGUAUCAGGGAUCACCGUCCAAACAGUACACACCAGAGGUGCAGAACGCCCUCGACAGGGGCGAGUAUAUAGGCGAUGGCGACUAUCACGGUGAAGGUUUAUCGGAGGCUGGAACAGCCACCAAUCCAGUUUUGGUGGGACCUACGUAUAGCCAGUCACAAACUUACGCUUCGCCAGGUUCAAGUUAUGCAUCUCCAGGUUUAAGUGCCUAUGCUGGACAAAUAGCACCGGUUGCUUCGCCGGGACCGGCACAGAUUCCAGCAGGACUUGAUCCCGCCGCUUGUCCAAACUAUCCGUUUUGUCAUUAGUAAUUCUAUUAUACUAUUAUUAAGGGAUCAUGUGCAGUGAUUAUAUUUUUAUGGAGAAAAUAUGAUGUUCCGUUCAUGUGUAAUAACUAACAUUGCGAAAUUUUGAUGAAACAGACAUUUUAGUUAAUGUUAAGUUAUGUUACAGACUACAGUAGUAGUAUAAUGAUGA